GGACUUUGUUGUGAUGUGACGUAACUCAUGGACCGCAAUCGAUUUUCUGCUAGGGCCCUAUUUACGUCAUGAUAAUCAGCAAAAUUAUAAGUACUGUGAGUAGAGAACUCAGUUUGCCUUCUCACAUCUGAGCUUCUUGACGUUUAAGGGUCCUUGGCAUGGAGGCAGGUGAAGGGUCCCCGCCCAUCGACGAUGGAGGUGGCACCCCGUCAAGUUUCCUGAAUCUGACCGGGAGCGAGGCGUACCCCAAACGGGCAUUGGUGUCCGACGACCCGUCUCUGGUUGUGCCAUUCCCGUGCCUGCCUGGUGAAGCGGUAGAGUUCCUGGGCCGCUCGACGCAAGGCAUUGUGGCUCUCUCGUCGUACCGUUUCUUCCUGGCGGGUCCUGAGCAGCAGCUGAACCUUCCGCUGGGAUUACUAGAGGCAGUCGAGUGUCGCGACAUCUUUUACCUCCACCUAAUCUGCAAGGAUGCCCGCUCUUUCAGGUGUUCAUUCGCCACAAAUGAAGACUGUCAGAAGUGGCACAAGCGCCUCACCAAUGCAAUCCAGUUGCCGAAGCGGCUCGAUGACCUGUUUGCCUUCCGUUUCUACCUCUACUGCCGUGAAGAACGUUACGACGACCUCUUUUCCUUUCUAAAGAGUGAUAGGCCAAGUUUAGAAAAAGACACCUCACUACUGCACCAGGAGUGCAAACGUAUGGGCUUUGACACAGACCUUGGGGGCACGUGGAAGAUCAGUAGCAUCAACGAGAAAUUCAAAUUUUGCAGCAGCUAUCCACGCUACUUAAUUGUGCCCACUUCAGUACCGGACCAGGACCUCGAAACUGUGGCCAGUUUUCGGUACUCCCGGAGGAUCCCCACGGUUGUUUGGAGGCACCACUUGUACGGCACGGUGAUAGCACGCUCAGCGCAGCCGGAGGUAGGCUGGUUGGGCUGGCGAAGUCCUCAGGAUGAGAACCUGAUCCAGGCCAUAGCAGAUGCUUGCAGCAUCGACCCGGGCCCUGCCAUUGGUAACGGACUUGACAGCCUGCCUGAUGACCAGAGGCUCGACUCGGAUGCAUCUGAUUUGUCUAUGCUGAAUGGUGGUCUGACUGCUAGCAUGCACUUUGAGCCACGGCCGGCGCCACAGCGCAAGAUGCUCAUCCUUGACGCUCGUUCCUACACCGCUGCUGUGGCCAACCGAGCCAAGGGCGGGGGCUGCGAGUGUCCUGAGUACUACCCCAACUGCGAGGUGCAGUUCAUGAGCUUGGCCAACAUCCACACCAUCCGCAAGAGUUUCCAUGCCGUGCGUGCCCUCUGCUCCUCCACAGCCGAUCAGUCCUGCUGGAUGUCAACCUUGGAGUCGAGCAAAUGGCUGUACCACCUGUCAGGUUUGCUGAAGGCCUCGCUCGUGGUUGCCAAUGCGGUCGAUCUGGAACGGCGACCGGUGCUUGUGCAUUGUUCGGACGGUUGGGAUCGCACACCUCAGAUUGUGGCCAUGGCUGAACUUAUUUUGGACCCUUACUACCGUACAAUUGAGGGCUUCCAAGUACUGGUGGAAAAGGAGUGGCUGGAGUUUGGACACAAAUUUGGAGACCGCUGCGGCAACAGUGCUACAGCUGAUGACCUGGGCGAGCGCUGCCCGGUCUUUCUUCAGUGGCUUGACUGUGUGCAUCAGCUGCUGACACAAUUUCCAUGUGGCUUCCAGUUCAACCAGCAAUAUUUGGUCAAGCUGGCACAGCAUACAUACUCAAGCCUAUUUGGAGAUUUUCUGGGGAACAGCACCAUGGAACGGCAGCAAGAAGCUGUAGCCACGAGAACGUUCUCAGUGUGGACUUUCCUGAAGGCGAGACCAGAACAAUACUUCAACUAUCUCUACAGCCACACAGAUCAGGUCCUGAGGCCUCGGUGCCAAGUACGGGAUCUGCGCUUCUGGAGCGAGGUGUAUCUGCAGCCAUCUACGGGACUACUGUCGCAAGGCCCGCCUUCCACACCUCCAUCAGAGGCCCCAGAACCUGCAGAGGAGACUCCUCCUGAACCAGCCGGCAGUGGCGAUACGUCAACAAACCUUGUCAAAACCAAGUCCGUAGACUCGCUGUUUGCAGGCAGCCAGUCCGAGCAGACGCCGCCUCCCGAAAAGCACCAACGACGACUGAGUGACCCGAGCCUGAAAGGUCUGCAGUCGGAGCUGCACAGUGGGCACGACGAAACCGCCACGCCGUUGGCUCAUCGGCGCAGCCUGAGUAACGGAGCUUUGAACAGCAGCCACGAGGAAGUGGCAGCGGAUGCCAAAACUUCCCUCAUUGUGGCAGAUUCCGCUGAAGAAAGCGUGCAACACACUGAGCAGCAGCAGCAGCAUGCGGUGUCCUCCAUUGAGGACUCAACCGACACACUUGUCAGUGAGGCUGGUGAAUCAUGUGCUUCAGCCAUGACAGAGGCAGUGCAAGAGCAAAGUGAAAAGGACAGUGAGGCCACCGCCGCCACCGCGGAAGCAAUGAUGCUGUCUGCUUUGCCGCGGCAGACGCAUCUCCUCAGCAACACGGCUAGCACCAGUACGACAGACAUUAGCAGUUCAGCUGUGUAUAAUAUGUUCCCGGAGGUUGCUGUGGAGGACCUGCCAUCCAACAAGUGCCCAUAUUGGCUGUCGCAUAAGAAUGGCGAGACCCUGCUGGCUGCAACCCGUAGCUCAUUGGCACGGGCAGCAGCCAUCAAUGGCCGAGGUUCCCAUUACUCUACGCCUCUGCACUCUAGAACUCCCAGUUCCGGCUAUCCAGCUACACCCUGUGAUGACAGGCUUCUGCUUGAUCCUGUGGCAUCCAGAACAACUGCGGCCCCCUUGCAGCAGCAGCAGCAGUUCGAUGUUGAUGGACUGGCAUGCCCUGUGGAUGCUGUCCAGCAAAGGUUGCACCAAAUGGUUCUAGAACAUGAGGCAAAAAUAGAAAGUCUAGAAAAUGAACUUCGCAGGGUCAGGCUUGCACUAGAGCGCUCAUACCUUCACGUCAAUGGCAAGGAGACAUUGGAGUCUCUAGAAGAUGCUCAGCUUGGGUUGGACUGCAGCGGGGAGCCUCCAUGGGGCGGGUGCCAGGACGGUAGCAGCUCGUCGGAGUUGAGCUGGGAGCAGGUGGACGAACGCGACGCUCGCGCCACGCUGUGGGUUCCAGACCAUGCAGCCUCUCACUGCAGGGGCUGCAAUGCCGAGUUUUGGAUUGGGCGGCGCAGGCACCACUGCAGGAACUGCGGUCACGUGUUUUGCAACCACUGCGCGAGCCAGCUGCACCCUGUUCCUCACGAGCAGCUGUAUCAGCCGGUUCGCGUGUGUGGCACGUGUUUCGAGUCGCUGCGCAGCCGCCCCUGCCGCCCGUCUGCUCUGGUCCCCGCAAACUCCCACACUGAGCGGCUGCUGGCCAAGGCACAGCUGGCCGCGGCUUCCACAUAGACAAAACGACGACGACAAAAGCGUGUACGCCCGCACGUAUCGUGUGAGCCAGCUCUUGGUGUGUGGAUGGCGUUCACCUCCGCCCACCCCCCAACUACCCCGCGUUUCACCAUUCUCGUUCGCUUGCGACUCAAGAUGUGAGACGCUUGGGAAUACAAGCGAAGGAAGAGGCGACGCCGUGUCUAGUUUCUCCGCGAUGGGAGUGGAAACGAAGGUGUCCGGCAAAGUUUGUCGUUGGCAGGGGAGAUGGCAGGAAGGGUGCCGCGCGCUGCUUGUCUCAAAAGCUCAUCCAAAGAUGUUUUUGUAUAAACAAUGGCGCAUUACCACGGAGUGCCCGAAGCUUGUACAGUGCACACGGCUGCCCAUGCUAGUCGCUUGUAAAUGGGAAGGUGAAGCCACCAGCUGGAGCUUUCAACACGUGCUUGAAAAGAAGAAAAAGCUUAUGUAGGUGAUUUUUAUCGUCGUUGGGUGUUACCUACAUUCGGUGUUUUUUCUUUUUUUUUUCAGCAGUACUCCUUUAUUUGAAGGAGAUAUACUUCUCAGGUUUUAGUCAUUCUGUACAGCUGCUGUACCACUUUUGUGGCAUUGUGUUUGUCCCCUUUACCAUCCCUUGUGAUCUUGCACACUAAAAAAAAAACAACUAAAGAAUGAAAGCCAAACUUACUUUAGAAUUGUCAGGUUUCAGAAUCUAAUGCUUAUGCCCUGCUCAGCUGGCUGUCCGGAUGCUUCAUUGCAGCAUUUGGCUACACAAUAACUUUGGCUUGGAGAAAAAACAAGGGGGGGGGAGCAAAAAUAGAGUGCUCCACUUUUGCGACGGCUUGUGAACCUGCACUUUCUUUAAAAGACAAGCACGUGACGCCAUUAGAGAUUAAAUUUUAGAGCAUUCUCUGAAUCUGUGAUAUGUCUUAGCACCGGAAAUCAACAUUAUUGAAUUGAAAGGAGCUUGCCACGAUGACCUUGCGGCCUUUUCGUUCCCAACUCCCAUUGCAUGCAGACUGUGUUAGAAAAAUGUGCCAAAAGUGCAGGGGCGUUUUAAGUCUCCUGCGUCUGAAGUGCUUUGUUUUUCUAACACGGCUGGGCUGACUCUCUUGUGUGUGGUUUUUUUCUUGACAAUGCUGCCUUCUGCCGUGGGUGAUAUGCAGCAGUUACUCGUUGCAGUGCACACUGUAGUUGGUUGCGUAUACACGGAGAGUAUGUUAGGAGAGUAGACGGGAUUAAAGCAACACUCGAGAGGACUAAAGAUUUUUCAUUUGUAAUGGCGCCUGCUCUAAACAUGUCUUGAGUGGCAAAUAUAAUCUCUCUUUGCGCUAGUGGUUAUGUUGAGGCACCUCUGCUGAGCAUCUUCUGCAAUUUGACUGCCGUUCUUUGGGUCUUCAGUAUGUUCAGUGGGCCACUAAAUGUCUUGGAACAGAUGCGGCAUUCGUGUGAUACUUGCGCCCAAUAAUCCUUGGCAUUUGGAGUUACAAAUAGUUAUCGAACAUGGCUCACCCAAGGCAAGCAAACCUUGGAACACAUUUGACAAUGGCGCCAGACAUGAGGACUCCUCUGAAUUCGGCCACAUGACCUGUUCACUGCCAGCCGAGACCAUCGGCCACCAUUGCAUCAGGCACAAAAAAGAAAAAAAAAAGUCGCCAUCUACACUAACAUUUGGAGUAGCUGGUUGUACUUCGUAUUAAUUUGAAAAACAGUAUCAGAUCUGUUUUAUUGUUAAGCGACCCAUUAUACUGCUUUUCCCGAGUAUCCUAAGCCCCAGAUCAUCAUUUCCCUAAUUGCCAGAAUUGUCAUAAAAUGUCAUGAAUUGUCAAACCUCCGUAAUUGAUUAUAGGACAUCGCAGUUUGUAAGUCUAGACAUUUUGUUGCCCAAAGCCUGUCGAUCCUGACCAGUUUCUCAUUUAAGAAAUGUGAGCUCGGUCUCUUAUUUAAAACUGCACUAUGGAGUGGCCUCUGUUCGCAAUACUACUGUGUGUCCUUGGUUCAAGAAAUCCCAAGAAAAUGAAACAAUUUACGACAUACAGGAACUACCGGAAGUUUUUCUAUCGGAUUGCAAGCUUAGUUUAUGAGAAUGCUUCAUUUAUACCCUAGCUUUUCCCAUCGUAUAUUAUCAUGCCAGCAAAGUUGCAAAAAUUGCUUGCUAAUUGUUUUUCUGCUAAGCUGGAAUUUCAAGCAGAAUGUAAAGCUUCUUUGCUGUUUUGUUUCAUUAUAAUGUAUACUAAAAGUGACAAAAAAAAAAAAAAACUACUUCACAGGAUUUUAAAAAGUACGCCCCCUCUUAUAGUGUGUACAAAAAUGGGCACUGGGUUGUGUGUGUGUUGUAAGCACUGCACCUAUCUGCCUUAACCACUUUUUCUUUCUAUCUCUUUUUUUGUCCACAAUACAAUAACCACCAUGUGUAACAUAGUUUCUGUUCUUUUUUUUUUUUUUUCCAAUACAAAAUCUGAGCUCUGCAAGUUUUCAAGUCAGCAGAGAAUGUUUUUGUUAUUUAUCACUGACGGCAUCAUGUAUGCUGCAAGACAAUUUUAAAACAUCGACAGUGUACUAAAGGCUACGAAAGCGUGUCGCGAUUCACAUCGGGCUUCUUUUACCUUGCGUUGCACGAUAAAAGCUUUAAGCGAACAACAGCUUGUUAGCCUUUCAAGAGGUGUUAUUCAUUUUUGCCAAUUGCAUCUGCACAAAAAAAAGUCUUGUUUUUACCGCCUAUGAGCAUUUCUAAUUGUUUGGCAUCUGAUGCUAAAAUGCUGGUUUCACGAUUUCUGUGGCCAUUGAAUUUCUUGCUGCAAAUUAAGAUGGAAGUCCCAAGGGAGCUAGUAAGCUGCAGUUGUGUGCUUGUUUAUUUUUAAUUCAAGGCACAGCAUUCUGCUUUACUUUGUGGCACUCCACACGCUCUUUGCGUAGUGCUGCAGUAAGUGAUGUAUUAAACUUGCAUAUCACCGGUCUCUUCUUUUCUUUAAUUAUCGUUACUUACAUUUAGAAGUUUGCUAAUGCAGAUGCCACACUUUCUCAACUGUAAUUAAACUAAAGACAAUGAACGGUGAAAAGAAAAAAGAUGUUGCGCUUAUGAGGUGGGCAACUCCAAUGCCCACAGUCUAGUGAAUAAUAGUGAGUGUAUUCGAAUAGCUGCAGGCUGUGAUUGCAGUUGAAUGUUUCUCUUCUUGAACAUAAUGUGUUUCAAUCCUGCGUCUUGUUUGCCCAGUCACAAUUUGAAUUGGUUCGAAUGGAUUGUUACACACAUACAUGAAUCUAUCCACGAGUGUUAUCUGAGGAAAUGUAGUAUACCAGAUUUCUUUCGUCCCCUUUGCAGUGUAUUUGCUUACUACUAUAAUUUUUUUUUUUUUUUUUGCUUUGCCUUCGUAAAGUUUUUUCAUUUCUUCCUAUGAUCAUUUUCGAGGAGGCAGUUGUGUUCAUUGUGUUGUUCCUAGGGAAUCUUUGUCCGUGUUUUUUCUGUGUACAGGACGUGAAAGUUUUGAAAGGAUUGUGAAUACAUUUGCCCAGAAGUGUACAUUUGACUGCGUUUUCAAUGUGACAUUCUAGAAAGGGGCGAGCACAUAAUAAAAGUUUUGAAUCUGUUUG